AUGCCUGAUAGCUUGGCUGAUGCCCACCAAUGUUGCCUUCAUCAACAAUCUCGCCCUCUGGUUUUUUCUGGUAACGAGAGUGUCUCCACCCCUCCGCGAAGCCAUUCCAUUUUGGGCUCACAAUCGAGCACCUCCUGUUUUGCCCAGUGUCUCGAUCGAUUUCCUCUGCCUAAAGCAUUCCGAGCUAGAAUGAUCACCUGCUGUUGUUGUUGGCCAGUUCAUAAAUGCGUCACGGCUCUUUCGUGUUUGGAUACUUUGAUUGUUGCUUAUGUAACCUACAAAUUUGGAAACACUUUGUUUAGUACAUUCUAUGAGCCAGAGUGGUUCAGCGUUGCCGCCUUCCUGUUUUUCUUUGCGUUUUUGGUUUGCCAGGUACUAGGUACGGUAUUUAUCAUUCAAGCACAUAAGAAAAAUAAUCGUCGCUAUUGCUAUCCAAGGUUGACUUUGCUGCUCGGACUCACAAUUAUAGCUCUAAUAGCAUGCUUGAUAGUACUCAUCUAUUUCUUCGGCGCUCACACCUCUAUGAACAAUUUCUUCUUGAAAGCAUACGAAUGGUUUUUCGGAGCAGUCAAUGAUAAGGAACGUGCAGAGAUUCUAGGAGAACUCAAACUAUACGCUUUCGCAUUUUUGCUUUUGACGCUCACAUUUUUCUUAUACAGCGUUUUUGAAUUGCUCCUAACACGGAAGUUUUAUCAGUCUCUAGCCCACUUCGAAAGGGUACCCCAGAACGAAGCAACAGCCCCGCACCAGCCACCAUUUAAUCCAGAUUAUAAACACUGA